UAUGCCGGGAGAUUAUUGCGAUUCACCCACGGCAAACUUUUUUGAAUCGGACAGUAAAAACGUUGCGAGUCCCGAUGCUGUUUUCGACUUCGAUUGUCGAAUAGAUACAGUUGACUCAGAUUUAAUUGACGUUUCUCCGAGUUUGAAUGAGUUAUUGCAAGUGGAUGAAGUGUUGGCGGCCGAUCAAAGGGAUGGUACGAACUACCUGGAAGAGUUCGACAGUAUAAUAAGUAAAAUGGAUGAUUCUCAAAAGACAAAUUCUUCACCAGAGAAUUCUUCCAGUGAACCACAAUCGUCUCUAAUGCAACUUUUGCAAGCUUCACUACCCGAUAAUAAUUUGCCUCCACCGGUUCAAGUACCGCAAGCGGAGGCCUCACCGCCUCCUGUUUUAUUGGAUCAACCACCAGUAAAUAUUAAACAGGAAAUUCCAGACGAUGAAGGGUUUAGCAGCGCUAUCGAUACCGAUAACGACGAGGAUGAGGAUGAUAUAAACUUUUCGGAUACUGCGUCAUUAGACGAACUGAUAGAGGAUUGUAAACCUGGUAAGAGAAAAAAGUACUUUUGGCAGUACAACACUCAAUCCAAGGGACCCAAGGGUAAACGCCUCUGUAAGUUGGUGGAGGAAAACGAUCCACAUCUAGUGCAAGAGUUUGAAGAUCCUGUUUUUGAUCCCUCAACUCAAAACAGCAAACUAAAGCAUCAGGGGAAGAUUAGGAGAGGAGACGGGAAUGACGUCACACCUAAUCCUAAAAAACUAUGCGCCAUCGGUCUAGAACUGAGAAGGUUAAAUAGGAAAAUUUCAGACAUGGCACCUAUUGCUGACCUUCCAGCAAAUGUUCGUACUAAAAAUAGGAAGAUGAAGAAUAAGUUGGCGUCCAGGGCUUGCCGUUUAAAGAAGAAAGCUCAACAUGAAGCAAACAAAGUGAAAUUAUACGGCUUAAAUGCAGAGCAUAAGCAGUUGAUGAGAGUCUUAAAUGGUAUAAAGUACGAGAUCAUACAGAAACUGCAAAAAAGUGAGAAGGCAAGUAAAGACAAAAUUAAUUUAACGGAAAAAUUGGAUUCGUUAAUGAGAUUGCAUUUACGUUCUAAAAUUGCUGGCAAUACAUCAGAUUUCGUUAACUCUAUUAUAUCCAAAGUGCAUAAGUCGGAAGGCAGCCUUGGCCUAGACUAA